AUGGCAACCUCACACCGGCGAAUUGCUCUCUUUGGCGCGACUGGUGGCACUGGUAGUGCUACAGUCCGUUCGUUCAUCAAACGCCAGGGGUUUCGUGAUUCCGUGGAGCUGAGACUUAUGGUACGCUCCACGGCAAAACUAUCUCGGAUGAUCCCCGAGUUGACGACAUACAAAAACAUACAUGUCUUUCAAGGACAGAUUACCGACAAGGCCACCGUGGGAGAGUGUUUGCGCGACGCCGAUACCAUCGUCUGCGCUCUUGGAGAGAACAGCAACAUAGCCGGUGUGAAAGUGCUACAGGAUCUCUCCAAGACAAUUACUGAGGUGCUUGAUGAUAUGAAACGGUCUUCUACCAGGGAAUGA